AGGGUUACACCAGAUCAAGUACUUAAAGUACUUCCACAUCAGACCCCAUGGUAGCUGCCACCACUUAUCGUCGUGUCGAGAAGCCCAUCGAGAAAACCGAGCCCGAAGACGGUGAGGUUCGCAUCACUUCGGUUGGUCGAGUGAAUAACUUCGUGGACGAGGCGAUCCAUUGGUUCCUCGGUGAUGAUGAUACUCAUAAGGCUUGCAAAAGCGUUAAGAUCAUGGCUAGAGGUGUCGCAGUGGCGAAGGCCGUCAUUGUGUCGGAGAUCCUCAUACGCCGUGUGCCUGGGCUUAAGCAAGCUGUGGAACUCGGCAGCAACGACGUUGAAGAAGAAUAUGAGGCUGUUGAUGACACCGAUAAGGAUCAUGUGAAGCAAGUUCGUAUCGUACCAUAUCUUGUUAACACUCUCACUGCAACGAAGCCGUUGACCAAGGACGAUAUCAAACCUGAUGAGUUUGUUGAACGUCCUGAUCUCGCUGGUGGUCGUCGUGGUAAAGGACGUGGUGGCAAGGGGAAAGGUCGCGGUGGUGGCCGUCGUACCAGUGAUGAUCGUCCUCGUGGGAAGUCGGGAGAAUCCAAUAAGAAUGAGAAGAAUAAGGGAACCAAAAAGAGUGAUGAAGUUGCGGCUUAACAGAGUGAAUCUCAUAAGCGUCGAUGCGAGUUGGAAAUGUCAUUACCUUCAGCAGAGCCAUUCUGAGGUAUUCGUGAUGAUGUGAUGAUGAUCGAUGCAUGAGAUGAUGAUUGUUAUCAUCAUUAUCUUUAUCGUUCUCUUCUGUUAUCGUUGUUAUUCCAUCGGCUCCUUCUUAGAACGGCGAACCGUUCAUAGUCGUCGAUUACCCUCUCGACAAUCUAUCAAUUAUCAGU